GAGAGAGAAAACCAGCAGGCAGGCGUUAGAGCAACUCAGAGUGGGAGUGAAAGAGCAUCAGACUGCAGGGUGGAGAGUGAGAGAUAGAGAGGGUGAGUGUAUGUGUGGCCAGAGAGCGGACAGAGAGGCAGCUCGAGAGCUUGAGGGAGACGAUAGAGUGGGAGCGAUAGAGUGCUAGAUAAUGGAGGUGCAGUCGGAGUGCGUGGAGCCUCCUGUGGCCCCUCAGUGUGACCCCCAGCCCACGGGGAAGAUCAACAAAGCUGCCUUCAAACUCUUCGGAAAGCGGCGCACCGGCUCCGGGAUGGCCAGCUUCUUCUCCUUCAGGAACAAAGGGGCUACAAACAGCGGGAACAACGGGAAUUCUGACAAUGGGAAUUCUUUGAAUGGAAACAGCUCGGCGGCAUCAGUGGAGCUGGUUAGGAGCAAAACCCACGAUGGACUAACGAGCUCUAACAACGAUGCUGAUGGACAGAGAGGGGAGGGGCUUGCUAGCCUGGAGGCGGGGCCGGUCAGGUCCCUCAGCAAAUCGUUGAGUUUUUUUUCUUUACUCCGACGUGGGAGUUUUCGGUCGAGUGAAAAUGGAGGGGCAGGGCUUGUCAGAAGAGGGAGGGGUCUAAAGGGCUUUUUUAGCAGCAUGCGAUGGAGACGCAAGGAAAAAACAAACGAAGCAGAUGGGGAAGAGGUGGAGCGGAAGACAGAGAAGGAUGGGAAUACUGCCGACUCUGAAAAGGUAAAGGAUAUUACUCUCACCCUUGAACCGCCUCCACAUCAUCACCAAGUGGAUUGUGGGAAUGCAGAAGCAGAACCUAACGUAGAGACUCCCACCACUAGUGUUACCAUGACACCCCCACACUGUGUUACCAUGCCAGGGCCAUCUGGCGAGUCAGACUCCCCCUUUCCUUACACACCCACUGACUCGCCACUGCGCCCUCCAAUCCAAAAAGCCAAAGCCUCAAUUUCCAGCCUCACCCCCUCCCUCGCUACACCCCCUUUGGAUCGCUGCAGCACGGGCGACCCACCCUCAGAACCCUCAGUGGACCGCCUCUGCUCUCUCCUCUUCACCGACGUCACGUCCCUCAAGAGCUUUGAUUCACUGACAGGCUGUGGGGACAUUAUUGCUGACGCAGACGAGGAGGGGCCGGCGGGUAACGGGGGCAGUGGCACCAGCAGCAGCAGCAGUGGGGGAGGAGGGGGGAGUGUGGGAGCAAGCGUUGGGAGAGCUGUUGGCAUUACCAGUGUCACGUCUCGUGGCUCCCCAACCAAACCCUCUCUACCUUCGCAGCUGACCCAGCCCAUGUUCUCUGUUUCCGCAAGCUCAGUGCCUUCUUCCCUUCCAGCCCGGGCCCGGGCGCCGCCUCCACCACAGCAGCACCCACCCGGUAGCGGUGUGGUGGCCUACAUGGGUGGAGGGGAAGAAAUGGCAAGUCCAGAAGGAGUAGACGAUGCAGACAUGCAGGGGCUCUGGCACAUGCUGCCCUCCACAGGUGACAACUCCCCUGCUUUGCCGCGAUCACACCAACCUUCCUCCACUACACCAACUUCCACUUAUCCCCCUCGUGCCACCUCCAACCCUGCCAGCAGCCACCUGCCCUCGGCCCACAGCAGGAGCGCAGACCGAAAGGUUCCCCAGGUGAAGGCUCUGGGGCUUAGCAAGAUUCCAGUAGUUGGUGCAGCGGGAGGCCGGGCAGCUAAACCCCCCCUCCCUCACACACAUGGCCGUCAUCCCACGUCACCUGGUGAAAAAGAGCCACUUAGCGAUGAGGGUUACUGGGACACACCCUCAGCAACACCCACUGCAACACCUGAUGAGACCGGGCUACAGCGUAACCAGAAGAUGGCCCUAUCACGCGACAGUUGCUCUGGAGACCACCUGUACGACCUUUACAACGACCCUGAGGAGGAAGGAGGGAAUGAACAGCAGGAGGAUGAUGAAGAUUUAAAGAGCACUCCCUCUCCAUCCACUGAAUACAAACUGAGCCCCACUUCCCAUACAACUCCUCUGUCCUCCUCCUCCUCUUCCUCCUUCCAAUCUAUGAAAGGCAGCACCAGCCUUCCUCGGGAAUCCAAGAUCCCAGUGAGCAGCAGACAAACCCCACCUCCCCACUCAGUAAGCCAGUCAGCCCUUUCGUCUGUUCUGGAGGCUGAAUCCCCUCCGCCAAAGACCCAGGCACCUCCCCCGGCCCGCACCAGAAUCCCUGUAUCCAAGGUGCCCGUCCGUCGUUCUGGAAACAAACCUGGCAGCACAACCAGAGGAACUGCCCACAAGAAGUAGCUCCCGUCAAACAGGUCAUUCUCGCCUACUAACAUGCGGACUUCAGUGCUGUUUACGCAGAGCCAAAAGUUUUCCCAGACCAAGAAAAAUGUUGAGCUGCAGAGUUAACAGCCUAUAAAUUCCUCUCAAAUCUUAAAAGCUCUCAUUCUUUAGGUGUUUUGGCUUACGGCAGGCUAGAAUAGAAUAAGUGCUUUUGUUCACUUGAGAAAGUCACGAGGAGACUCCAAAAAGCUGGGUUAACACUUCACCGCCCUCACUGGAACUUUGGAGGUUGACUCUUGACAAUCCACGGACUCGCAAUAGACACAUUUGCCUUGUAACUUUCUGGAAAAAGCUCCUGACCUGCUGAGAGUUCAACAGCUCAUGACUGCACACUGCAAAAAGAAGAAGAAGAAGAAGAAGAAAAAACAGCAGAGCACCUUUUAUCUUUGACAUUUUUCUUAUGGAACUCCACAUGGCAUAACUUAAUUUGCUCAUACGGACCUAAUCUAAUCAUUUUGAGUUUGUCUUCUUGUCUAAUCUGUAACAAAUUACCUCCUAAUCCUUUGAUUUAGAGCCAAAGUGAAACAAGAAAACAGUCUUCACUUCACAGCCUCUGAUAGUCUUGAACAGACUCUCUGAUAUCCACAGCCUGGAAUAACCCAAUGUUUUUUUUUGUUUGGCUGUCGUAUGUGUUUUUUGCUUUUUGAAGAUGGUCUUCUCCCGACCGCACACUGAUUAAUAAACUGUAUGUGCAAGAGUACGAAUUAAAACUGAGAUCUGGUUUUAUAACUCACCUACUUUGCAGCUACAAAUGUGGCAGAGCUGCCCACACAUUACGGUACAUUGUGUUUUUUGGAGGUGGAGAUCUCCUCUGUUUUAAUUGGUUGUUAUUAUUAUAAUUAUAAUUAUUAUUAUUAUUAUUAUUGUGGAUGGACUAAGUUUCAGCCUGUUGCAUCUGGAUCUCACUUAUACCUGACUGCAUCAUAGGAUGUCGAUCUCUGGGAUUUACAACUGUUGAAUUACCAAUGGAACCCUGCAAAGCUAUCGCAAUACUCGACCUGGAGGGAUCCCUUGCACUGAUGCAUCAACACACACAUAUACGCACACACAUACAAAACCAGACAUGCACUCACACAUGUUCUCUCCCUCUCCGCAUGCAGUGCCACACAUACAGGCACAAAGGUCAGGGAACAUCAUCUGAUACUGAACGACCUUAGUUCCACUGUUCAACCUUCGUCUUUGUAGCUACACUGGAUGACUCUCUUCUCUAAAGACACGUGCACAACCGAUUUUUUCUAGUCAGUACUUUCUUCUUCACUGGAUUUCAUACUGUUUUUAUAGGCUCCUCCUUCCUAAGUCAUACUGCUCGGAUCUUAAACUGUGAUCGCACCAGCUUCUUAACGCUCUGUUCUUUCUGUUCUUCUCUACUAACAUACUGUACGGGCUGAUGUGAGUGGAUGACAGGGAGGCAUCCUUGCUGUCAGUUUUAAAGAGCCAGAAUAUGCCUGCAGGUUUUUUUUAAUAGGCUGUGACCCAAAAAAAGAAAGACAAGGAAAAUCUGUCAGGGUUUGAGUCAUACCUAUCUGGAUCACAGCUGAAAAUACAAAGCAAAACAUGGGGACUAAUGCUAAAUCAGUCCUUCACCCUUCCUGGCUGUUGUACAAAUAAACACUGUACAACUUUAUUCUGGGAACCACCGCAGCUGUGUGUGAAUCUGAAUGUAGCUUGACAUCAUUGUAGAUUAUUGGUCAGCAUAUAUAUUUCCUCUUUGUCCCUUUUUUGUGGGGGCAAGACAAAUGGCGGAGCUUACUGUUUUCUAAGUCCCCCAUGCUCUGAAAAAUGAAGACAAACUGCUACACAGUGCGUUGAGCCUUGCAAAGCACCACUUGUUUAAAGAAUGAGGGGGUGUAUUGCAGUCCUAAAAGGCCUUUGUCAGUGAUUCAGUGAGACAAGUUACAGGGAGCGGAGUGUUCCCUACCCUUUAGUCAAAGAGAGGGGUUUUCAUAGGGAGAGACAUUUGAGACGAUGCGAGUUUUCUCUAACCGCAAGGGUACCAAAUGACACGUGAGGGUCACUGUAGUUCAUGAUAGCUUUCCAUCUCAUUUAGAAUGUGAUGAUUGAUCCACAACGCUGCUCCAGGUUCAGAUAUCUUUCCAGGCUCCUGACGGUGUAGUGAAGGACAGGCCGUGGGGUAACCUGAUCCCAGGUCUGCAGUAAGUGUGUUUCUCACCCGAUAAAAAGGACAGGCUAAAGGUCAUUUGGGGAGCAGAGAAAUGUUUUCUCUGCCUACACUGUGCUUUUUAUCUCUUUUGAUUAAGUAUGCAAUCACUGUCAUUCUCCAGGAGUGAUUCAAGGAAAGGGAUGCUGAAUUAAGGGUGAUUGAAAUGCGCAUCAACCUAAGCCUUGAAAUUUCCUGGUGAAAAAUAAUAAGACAGCAGAGGUUACGCUUGUGGAUAUUUGACCAAAACAGUUGCCUGAAGACUCCCAAAAUCAUAGUUUUACUUUAUGACACUGCCAGUAAUCAAAUAGUAUUGAUAUUAAGAUUAAGAGAGAGCAGGAAGCCAUGAACUCAACCAGGAGUGAUGAUUAUGCAUCUUAUGUUUAAAAGGGUUUUGUUUAAAUAUGGCGUCCUCCUCGGUUGAUGUCCCACAUGCUGCAGUUUGGUGUGUAUAUAGAGCUUUUCCCUCCACUUCCUCCAAGUAUGACAGUGAAAACUAAAGUUAAUCCUUUGGGUAACUUGAUCUCCUGCAUUGGCCUUCAAACAGUAACGACAUCAACCACAGAGGCCACCAUAUUGCCAUCUGGCUCAGUUCCUUGUAUUUCUUUUUUCCCCAGAUACUUCUCUCCUUUCUUUCUGUUUACAAAUCUGGGCCUUCAUGUGGUCAUUCGCUGUGACGAAAAGCACAUCAUGUUUUCCUUUCUUUUUGUUAUCGUUUGUCUGCUCACGGUGUGAAAUCUUUCCACUUUUCAUAUUUAAUGAAUAAAACUGU